UAGGCACAUUAAAUAAUUUUUUUUUAUAUCAAACUAGCCAGAAAAUUCAAAGAAUUAUCCCAAAUGACAUUUUAGAAUUAUUAAAUUUCAGUAAAAAUAUUGCUGAUUCAUAUCAUGACUCAUUCAUGUUUUCUUACAAUUUACCAGUAGAACGAAAAUGUUUGUGAAAAUAAAAUUGUGAUAGAAAUGAGUCAUUUUAGUGAAUUAAUCAUUUUGAAUAACAUGCACAAAUAUAUUUACUGCUGUUCACGAAUCAUGAUAGCUAUAUGAUGUGUUAAUGAAUGUUAAAAGUUUCUAGAACAUAUGAGCGAAAAUAUUUGGACAACAUAUACGUAAUGGAAAACAUAAAAUUUGUUCGCAAAUGACUUAUAAAUUAUACCCUGACUACAGAUAAAAAUAUCGAUGAUAUUAAUUUCUUCGAUAUUAUAACAGGUGUAUGUCUUGACUCUUGAGUAGCUUAUUCUUAUUUUACAUGUUUCGCAGAAUUACGUACAACAGUUUUAUCGUUGAAUUUGAAAAUUUAUAUCGUAAAAGUAUUUUAAUUAUAUUAUAAAAAUAUUAUUUGCAAUUUCGUUUAAUUUUCAAAGAACGAUAUAUAUUAUUAACUUCCUGAUUGAAUAUGCAAUGCAUAUAUGAAAAAUAUUCUUUUUUAUUCUUCCUUGGAUGAUUGCAUGCAAAAGACUAUAUAAUUGCAUUAUAUUACGAAACAAAUCUAGUUGUAUUAUUCAUUAUAAUUAUUUUGCUGAAUUCGAUCAUCAUAUCGAUUUUCCACGUCAUAGCGAUUUACCUAACUGACAAAUGUGAGCGGAUUACAUCAUACUGUAUUCGGUGCGUCAAGAACACUGACGUGGCUCAAUUUUAAAGCCACGACACUACAAUACGAACAAUAAUGUUCUUUUCCAAUUUUUUUAUUCAAUAUUUGUUUAGAACGCAGGUCGCCAAAGAUUUUCAAUCAUGAUACUUGACAAAAUUAUGAUGUAACAACUGAGUUGAUUAAAAAAUCUCGAAAAUUCUUUUCGAAAAUAAAAUCGCUCGAUAUUGUUCACUAAUCGAGAUUCGCCGAUGCGAUUAUCGAUAAACAAGAAAAGACGACAAUUGAACGUAUCUCCGUCCACUAUUGAUUGUGCGGAAAGAGGGUCGUGUGUCGUGCAGAUUGGCGGAGAUACAUUUUAACUACAAGCGUAACUUCCAUCCGCGACAGGCCAGUCGUCGCACCUCUGUCUCUUCAGCAACGUUGUUAAUUCGAGUCGAGAGCCGAUUGUACUCCGGUCAAGAAGAGAGCCCAGCAUCUGUCAACAGCAUCAUGUCUCUGCUGCCGUUGUUGCUCUCGGCCUGGUGGGCCGAUCUGGACCGACCCUUAAUGGAUCGGAACCUUGGUUCCGCAGCUGCCCCACCCGACGAGCCGAUCUUUCCUCGCAUCUACGACCGCUACUACCCGAUCGCUGAAUACGAUCGCGGUGUCCUGGACUUCCACCACAAACCCUGGAUGGAUUUAUUGCGUCGUAGGACUGGCGGCAUCGUCGGCACCGAUAAGGAGAACUUUAAGGUGAUCAUCGACGUGCACCAGUUCAAGCCGGAGGAGGUCAGUGUCAAACUGAUCGACCGGUGCUUGCUCGUCGAGGCCAAGCAUGAAGAGACGCGAGACGAGCACGGCAGCGUCUCGCGGCAAUUCGUAAGGCGAUACCAGUUGCCCGAUCGCGCCGACGUUGAUCAAGUGAUGUCCACCGUAUCGAGUGACGGCUUCCUGACCAUAACGGCGCCACUGAAACCGAAAGAAGAAAAGCAGGAGAGGGUGAUUAAAAUCGAGCUGACUGGGCAGCCGGCUAUUCGUAGAAGUGGCGAAGAUCAGGAACCCGUAACUGAAGCUAGCGCGACGACAUCCAGCACCGAGAAGAAGACGGCGGAGAACGAGAUCCGGGAGGAGCUUACGACGCAGGGGCAGCAGGAGGCCACUAAACCCGAGAAAUAAUUGAGAUUAAAUUAUCGAGAGUCGUUAUGUGAUAUACGUUAUUUUUUACACUCUUCACAUUCAUUUUCCCUCUCGUAGCUCGUUGAUGCAAUUAUAUGUUUUUACACUUGUUGGAGAUUUUCCGUGCCGUAACGAUGAUUCCUGAUCAGCAUUUAAAUACGUAGUCAUGAUUUUGUACUGACGUUUAAAUAAAAAGUGUUAUCGACUUUAAA